AAGUUGAUUGCAUUUUCAGUUGGCUUCCCAGUUUUUUUUCUCUGAGAAGUGGCCAACCAAAAAUGGCUAGAUGUAUAACGGUGACAAUGUUUAGCAUGCUCACGGCUGCUGCAUGUUAUCAGAAGCAGUCUCAGCGUGCUCUCCUCUGUACUCUCCACUUCGCUGGCAACGUUAUCUUCAAACUUUCUGCGGAAAUAAUUUCCUCCCAAGGAUCUUCAAAAUCAAAUAAUCAGGACGGAGGAGAGAAUGAUCGUGCGGAGGAAGGGUUACAAGCGGGCAACGGAGGGUGAGACGAAGGUUUAUCGGUUUAAAGGUUUUGUUGUCCAUGACACUUGCAUUGAUUUUGGGUAUUUUAUUUUAAGCCUCAUAGUCUUGGACUUCAUGUGGGUAUCUUGUUCAUACUCUGUUCGGUUGCUUUUUUUUUUUUUUUUGCCUCAACUCUGUUUAUUUAUUUAUUUUGGAUAAAAUGUGAAACUUAUU